GUGAUCGCUCGAGCGUAACAUACAUACUAGUUUUGUGAAUACUUCUACCUAAUCCUAUCACCAUUCGCUAAAUAUUUAUUGAAACGAUGGAAGGACAACGUCAAUCUCGUGGACGACGAAGUGGAGCGACUACACGCGGGGGUCGAGGUGGUGCACAGGGCGGGGGCCGUGUCCGCACGCGCGGCGGUCGAGGUGGUGCACAGGGCGGGGGCCGUGUCCGCACGCGCGGCGGUCGUGGUUCUCGUGGUGCUGCUUGUGUUGGUGGUGGUACUGCUGGUCUUGGUGCACACAGGCCUUCAGUUUCUGACUCUGUAACAAGUGGAUCGUUGCAUAGUCUGGCCGAAGUCCAGGCUAUGGAAAGGCCACUGCACGAAAGAAGGAGAAGGGAGCUGCCGCCAGCGAGGACAUUACCUGAAGGAUCCCAAUCAUUACGGUCGUCCAUACAAGAAGUGGACGCCUCUCCCUCCACGAGUAUGGAGCCUGUGAUGUGCUCGGCUCCACCAUCUCCGGCUCUGUAUGUUGAAUGUGGUGGGAGCGGGCAUUCAACUCCGCGAACUCCCGCUCUAAAGAGACCCGCAAAUAAUGACUCUAUUGGAGAUGGCGAGGAGGCUCCGGCUUCGAGGCGGUGCUUGAUUCCACCAGCUUCAUCUUCAUCGUCAGCUGUCAGGGCUCGUCCUUUAAGGGACGAAGACAUUUCCCAAAUUUUGAAUAAUUAUGGCAGUGAAGAGGAUGCUGACAGCGAUAAUGAAGAUGAAGAUUUGGUGAAUCCGGUACAGCUGCCUAGGAGGGCUGACAGACUUUUUACGUCUGAGGAAGAGACUGAGGUGCCACCGUUAAAUGCGGACAUACGCUUUGAGUGGCCACCUCAGCCUUCCUCCAGCCUGCAGCCCCAACCUAGUGCCCAGCCCGAGCCGGAACCCAACGCCGAGCCCGAACCAAGCGCCGACCUCGAAGCCAUCGCCGAGCCUCACGACAAAUUUGAUUUUAGGUGGAGAGGGUUUCAAGAAUCUCAAAUUCCUCCUGAAUUGAGAAAGGAACCAUUCUCCCAGAUUAAUUGUGGACCCACAGUUCCAUUGACGAGCCCAUAUGAUGCAUUUACUGCUAUAUGGGAUCGCCAAAUAAUGGAGCACAUUUCAGUGGAGACAAAUAGAUAUGCUCAGCAAAAAGUAACGGCUAUGAUUCAUCAUGGGCUAUUAAUGCCCAACAGCCGUAUCACGCAAUGGUGUGAUACGAAUCCAGAUGAGCUGUACGUGUAUUUCGCAAUAGUCCUAGCGACUGGGAUUAUUGUGAAAUCAAAUAUAGACUCAUACUGGAGUACAGCCCAGGAGUUAUUAUCUUCUCCUGGGUUUGCGGCAAUGAUGAGUUUUAACCGUUACUUUUUGUUAUCUAAUUGUCUCCACUUCUCCAAUAAUGAUGACUGCAAUCCAGACACAAUGACGCGAUCGGAGGCAAAGCUUUUUAAGGUGCGUCCUAUUACAGACCAUCUUAACCAGCGGUUCCAACAAUUAUAUAUUUUAUCUCAAAAUAUUGCGUUAGACGAAAGUCUGACACAGUGGAAGGGUUGGUUAGAUAUUAACCAAUUCAUCCGAAAUAAAGCAGCCACAGUCGGAAUCAAAACCUACGAGGUUUGUGAGUCCCAGACUGGCUACUUGUGGCGGUUUGAAGUGCACGUAGGGCAUGACGAAUCUCCACGAGAUAGUCCUUUGUCUGGGGUUGUGCCGGCACUUGUGCUUAAACUUCUCAAUGGUCUUGAGCACAAGGGCCACACGGUUUGGAUGGAUAAUUUUUAUAACUCUCCUGCGCUUGCGCGAGAGUUAAAGAUACGGGGGUUUGACUGUGCCGGUACUGUCCGGUUGAACCGACAGUUUGUUCCCACUGAACUGACUAAUCUGACCAAAGGUGGUUUGGAUGUAGGUCAAGUUCGUGGCUGCACUUCAGGCGAUGUGGAUCUUGUGGUAUGGCGAGAUAAGAACCUCGUUUCUCUUAUCUCGACGUACCAUGGGCUAGCAACGGUAAAGUGUGACGACGUACUUAAGCCCUCAAUAGUACCCGAUUACAAUGUGUGCAUGGGUGGUGUUGAUCGCAAAGAUCAAAUGCUUGCCAUGUACCCGCUAGAAAGGCGGCGUAAUCGGGUGUGGUACAAAAAGUUUUUUAGGCGCCUGUUAAAUGUUAGUAUCCUGAAUGCUUUCAUACUACUCCGCACACAGCGACCUCUUACCCACCGAAGGUUCCGUGAAACUUUGGUAGGGGAAUUGGUCGCAAAACACAAGCCACCUUCACCCUCAGCAGGUACAACUAGACCAGUGGGACAUUUUCCGGAUCAAUAUGACUUUCUGGCCGGAAAAAAGCACGAACGCCAGCGCAGAUUUUGCGUUGUAUGUAAUAAACGUACAACUGCAUAUUGCAGGCAGUGCAACGUUCCACUGUGCGUGUUUACCUGCUUUGAGCCACAUCACUCUUAACAGUUACACAUCACACAAACACUACCUUCACACACAGCUACUCAGGACACAACAUACAGGACUCUGAAACGCUUUUUGUCGCCAGUUCAGUGGGAAUCCUUAUGUCUGUCUGUCUGUUACGCUUAAACCUCUGAACCGAUUUUUAUGAGAUUUGGCACAGUCAAUCGACCCUGAGAACGCGGGCGAAGCCGCGGGCGGAAACUAGUAUAAGUAUAUUCAUCCAAAUCGUGUAACAAUAAGACAAUUAAGGCUGUAUAUUUAUUUAUGUAUUCGUAAGUAAUAUUUUUACGUAUUUAUUUCUUUAUUUACGUCUCUUCUAUCUAUCUAUCUAUUAUAUUAUCUAUCUAUAUAUCUAUCGAGCUAUCUAUCUAUAUUUAUUAUUAUUGGCAAUAUUUUGGGUAAAAGAUAUAAUUGUUGUUCCCACGGUUGCGUCAUUUGUUCGGAUUACAGUCAUCAUUAUUUGAGAGUUUAGUAUUAGUGUGGUAUUUUGGUAUAUGGGGGUUUUUAAAAAAAAACUGACUGCUACAUUACCGGAAUAUGACCAGAAUAGAUGUUUUGAAUGUACGAUAGUAAAAAAACAAACACAUCUCAUAAGAACCAUACCUUGAAAAUAUUAUGUUUUACUAAAAAGUCGUAUCCAUACUUUUAUAGCCUCUCAGGUACCAAAAUGACCCAUUUUUUGCUACUUUUAACAACUUAUAUCUUGAAAUAUUUCUUAGAACUGUACUGUUCUGUUGAUUUGUUUUGAUGCUUUAAUCUAUCUAAAUCUUAGAAAAUGUCUAAAAGUUCCGUUAGUUGCAAUACUUUUUCCAAAAACUAUGUUUUAAAAUGUAUGUAAUUUUUGACCCAAAUUUUUGAGCUAUUUUUGUUUAACUCCUACUCAAGAUAUAUAUAAUAUAGUGCUGCGAUACUUUCGUAAUACAUAGUUUAUAAGCUUAAGUUUCUAAUAAACAAAACAUCUUUGUCCAAAUAGGCAUAAGUCAUUUAAAAUUAGGUUGAAAUCCGAUACCCACUUUUGAUGACUCGUUAAGUGGCGGUUUUUUGUGACGAUAUUAAGAUCGUGUGUUGUGUAAAAAAUUUGUAUGGUGGCACUUGAAUUUUGUGUUGUAUUUUAAACCUAAUGUGAUAAGUUGUAAAUAAAAUGUUUCAAUUACUU